CCUUCCCCCAGUGGAUCAGCACAAUAAAUGACAGCCAGUUGGACAGUGGAGAUCAGCUGCACUGGGAGUGCAAGGCCACAGGGAAGCCUAGACCCACCUACCGCUGGCUCCGCAAUGGAGAGCCGCUCACACCACAGAACAGGGUGGAGAUGGUGAAUGGAGAGCUCAUUAUCCAGAAGGUCCAACAGGCUGACUCUGGGAUGUACCAGUGUGUCGCUGAGAACAAAUACGGAGCCAUCUACUGCAGCUCAGAACUCAAGAUCUUAG